AGACAAAUCAGGGUUUUUUAUUUUGAAAGUUCUCCCGGGAAGCUGAAAGUGCGUGAUAACGCGGGUGCACGGUAACUUUAAGGAAGUAGUUUAUUUCCCCUGGACUGCGUAGGACUUUGGACACUUCAUGGAUCAGCUGUAUUCUUAGAUUUUCUUUUCCAACAUGUUGUGUCUGGAUGGUUCUCAGAUGUUGUGGAUGAAAUAACUUCCUGUACAACCGGCAUAUUCAUCAAACAAAACAAAACAAAACAAAAAUAUUUGGAGGACAAACUUAAAGUGAAGACACCUGAAUUAAUCCUUCAUUGCCUCCUGUUAGGUUACACAUGUUUUGUGUUGCUCAAACAUGGCCCCUGAUCCCAAACCUGAUCCGGGUCUCACCAUUGUCCUUCUGGGUCACUCUGGAGUUGGUAAAAGUGCUUCAGGAAACACCAUCCUGGGAGAACCAGCGUUUGAGUCAAGACUUUCCUUCAGAUCAGUGACAACAGAUAUCUCAAAAAUUGCUGGAACUGUUUUUGGGAAGCAGAUCUCAGUAAUCGACACUCCAGGAAUAUUAGGAUCUAAGAUGGAGAUUCAGACCCGCUGUCAGGAGGUCCUGCAGUCCUCGACACCUUGUUUGUUCCUGGUGGUGGUUAAAAUAGAUCGAUUCACCAUCGAGCAGAGAGACGCUGUGGACACAGUUCUCAAAGUCAUCGGGGAUGAUGGACUCAGGAAGGGUUACCUGCUCUUCACUGCUGGAGACUACUUAAAUAACAUAAAGUUGGAUGAUUUCAUCAAUGAAAAGCCAGAUGCUCCACUUAGACCUCUUGUUCAAACGUUUGAAGGGAGGUGUCAUGUGUUCAACAAUAAAAUUCAUUCGGAAGAACAAGUCCGAGAGCUGCUGGCAAAGUCAGGCCACCUCAGAAAUGCUGCUCGUCCCUCGACAACAAGGAGGAUCGUGCUACUCGGUCUGUCUGGAGGAGGGAAGAGUUCAACGGGAAACACCAUCCUGGGAUCAGAGCAGUUUAAAACAAACUCUUCCUUUGAGCCAGUCGGUAUUGAGAGCGUCUGCAAGUCAGCAGAGGUGGCAGGUCACUGGGUCACAGUGGUGGACACUCCAGGAUUCACUGAUGAAGUUAAGCCACAGAGUCAGCAGUACCAGGAGAUUGUGAGGAAGUCCAUAGCCCAGGCCAGUCCAGGACCACACGCCUUCGUCAUUGUGUUGAAGGUUGGCAGGAUGCAUGGUACAGAACCUACUCUGCUUCAGGGUCUGACAAAACUGUUGAACAGUGUUGCUCCAAACUACGCAAUGGUGGUUUUUACUCACGGAGAUGGGCUCGGAAGUCAGUCCAUCGAUCAGAUGAUCAGGCCUGGGACCCCUGUGUCCGAACUGGUUUCUCUGUGUGGUGGCAGAUUCUGUGUGUUUGAAAACAAGGGGAGAAGAAGCAGAGAGGAAGUUCAGAAGUUCAUGAAAAUAAUUAAUGACAUGGUCGCAGCUAACAAUGAAAAGCACUAUGAGUCUAAGGCAGCGAGAAAUGCUGCAACGAGACAAUCACAGACUGUUGAUUCAGGGUGUUGGGAAGCAGUUUGUAGGUGUUUCUGUUGUUGUCAACAAUCAGAUGAUACCAGUUCAGAUGGUGAAAGACAGCCACUUCUGCAUCAGAAUGAUCAGGAUACCAGAUAAACUGACUCAGUAGUUUCUUCGCUUGAACGUCCACAUGGAAAUCGUGCUGUGAGGUGAUCACGUCCAGAACAGUGACAUGAUCAAUGAAGACGAACAGAAGAGUGGACUGACAGUUUUUCACAGUUGGAAAGUCACAUCUGAGUUCACUUUUUCAAAACUCUUCACACAGUUCUCUUUACAAACAUGACACUCAGCACGAGAGUUAGACACACGACCAGAAUACACUAAAGCAAGGACACCAGUUGUGUAAAAAUGUUUAGGCUUUCAUAAACUGACAAUGUGAGCAGCAGAUGUUAGAGAACACACUGUCUGUUUCAACUGAUACAACCACCGAAUUAAGUAAUGUUACUGUACUCAUACUCUAGUACAGAUCUUCAAUUACACUGACACUAAAUACCACCAUACAUUAGGUAUACAUCAUGUAUAAAAAAAGCUGUGGCCAAACCCUCUUUCAUCCUGUAUUGACAAAAGUAUGUAAGCAAUUGUAAAAUACAAUUUAAAAAAAAAAAGUUUAUUUAAGUUAAACUUAUGCUGACUUUCUUGGAACAACAUCCUGAAGGGCUUUGUCCGCUCAUUUACAGUUUACAUGUUUACAUUUGUAUUUCAGAAUUUUUAUGAAUAAAUACUGAUGAAAAACGA